UGUGUGUGUGUGUGUGUGUGUCCAGGCUCUGGACCUGACGGGUCUGCAGCUCACAGAUGUUCAGACUCUCGGGUCCGGACUUCGAGCUGAAGCGACGGGGACGUGGCCUCCGCAGCCAUCACUGUCGGACUUGGAGGACCUGGAGGAGAUGGAGAGACUGAGGAAGGAACACAUCGAGGCUCUGAGAGAUAUCAAGAGGCUGCAGGAGCAGCUGAUGGAGUCUCAGAGAGUUCACCAUCAGAAGGAGGAGGAGCUUAGUAAAGUCAAACAGGAGGUCCAGCUGGGAGCCGAGGACAGUCGGGCUCUGAGGACUCGGAUCCAUUUGGUCGAGGCGGCUCAGAAGCAGGCCAGGGGGAUGGAGAUGGACUACGAGGAGGUGAUCCACCUGCUGGAGGCCGAGAUCGCUGAGCUGAAGACUCAGAGGGUGGAGCAGCCGCCGUCGACCAAUCAGGAGGAGACGGACGAGAUGAAGAAGAAAGUGUCCGUCCUCGAGUGUCAGCUACGGAAGAGUGAGGCGUCCAAAAAGAGCUUUGAGCUGUCGACAGGGAGGCUGCUGCGUUUUGUUGAGAACGUUCAGGACUUCCUGCUCGAAAGUCCCGGACCAGCCAAGAGCUACAGCUCUGGAGACGUUAAAGUGGGGGCGUCGCCUCAAGGUCCGCCUCCUCGCUACAGGAAGAGUCCCUGGACGGCGGCGGCGCUGGCUCAGGAGGCCGCGGAGCUCACGAGGACGGUCAGAGCGAUUCUGGAGGUGGACUUGUUGACCUUCUUCACGAGCCGGCUGUCGGAGGAGGAAGUGGGCGGGGCCCUGAGUCGUCAGCAGGAGGUCAUCAACCAGCUCCUCCCUGUCAACUCCUCGUCUCCUCAGUUCCUUCACAUGACCCAGACGACAUCAUGGAGCCGCCCGGCGGCGAGCGGCAGCGUGGGACCGCCCACUCCUCCACCGGCCUCAGAGAGGGAGGCGGAGCCUGCUGGCGAGACCACAGAGCAGAGACCCAGCCCGUCCAUCGAGACGGAGAUGUAG